AUGGCCCGAGCCCCACUGUGUCCGCGUGGCCACUUCCUCCCCUUGCUCCUGCUGUUCAUGUCGACCUCGGCCUUGAACCCAGUACCAGAUGCAGAGGACGCGCCCAACGCCUCCUGGGCACGGCUCCCAGAGCCCUGGACUCCACAGGAUGAAGAUUUGUGGCUGAUCCGCAGCCGGCCCGCGGGACCUCCCAGGCCCUAUGGCUUGUCGCGGGAGUCCGAUAACUACCAGUACGCGCCCCCCGCGGAACACGUGCGCCCGGAGCGCCUGCUGCGCCUGCUGGGCGCCUCCUACGACCCCUUCUGGAUGGCAGCGGAGGAACCGCGCGGCGAGGGGACCGGACCCGGGCCAGGACAGCUGGGCACCCUCAGCCGCGAGCUGGCUGACCGCGUGGAGCGCUACCGUGGCCAACUGAUGCGGGAGGUCGCGGCGCUGCCGCUACCCGCGCUGCCCGCGGGGGAACGCAUCGCGAGCGGCGGGGCCUGGGGGCUGCGGGAUGCGGCGCGCGCUCUCCGCCGCUGGCUGGUGGAGCUCGCCUCCUGCGGCCUCACUUCGGCCUGGGUGGACCUGGGCCCAGUGUUCUGGCCCCGGUGGGUACGCCACACCGACUGUGACACGUCGCCACGCAGCUGCUCUUGGCCGCCGGGCAUGACCUGUCGGCCGGCACAGACAACGCACAUCCAACUGCUAGCCUGGCACUGCUGGUUGCGUCCCGGGUUACCGCCGGGCCCUGAGCCCCAGCAAUGCGCCUGGCGCCGGGUGCUCUACCCCGUGGUGGCGGCCUGCAAGUGUUCCUGCCAUUGA